AUCUAUUAGUUGACAACAUCAUCAAGUGAUAAUGUCCCUAGAUGAUAACGUCAUUGGGUGAUUGAAUUAAUAAGGAAAUUUAUUUUUUGUAUUAUUUUUUGGUUGGAGUGUCAGUACGUAUACUUUGAUAGUUUGAUAAUGGUGACAUUGUUCCCGAAUUACAUAUCCGUGAUUUAUUUUAGUAAUUUUUGUGGAUUUUUGAGUUAAAUAUUUUUUGUUUUUAGGUUUUAAUCUAAUUUUUUUUAAAUAUAUUUUUAAUUUAAAAAAAUAUUAGCCACAAGUGAUCAAUUAUUAUUAUAUUAUCAAUAUAGUUAAAGUUUCCGUUUUUCGACUUUUAACUAUAACAUUUUAAACACGUUUUCAAGUUCUGAAUUUAACCAUUACUAUAAAUGAAGUUUAUUAACUCAUUGUUAUGUUUAUAAAGGUAGAUACGUCUUUUGGUUAUACCUUAAAAUGUAUAAGUGAAUCAAUAUUCUGGAUGAUAAUUUUAGCUUAUCACUGUUAUAUCGGAGAUGAAAUUAUUGAAGUGAUAGAUAUUCAAUACUGUAAUUAAGACUAUGUAAAAUUAACAUUUGAUUUGGAACGUGAUGACUACAAAUACUACACGAAUUAAUUCUAUUGGUGCUCAACGAUGGAUUUAUAAUCUAAUUGUAUCUUCUGCAUUUGCUAUAAAUACUAAUUGUCAGUAUAACGAUUUCGUUCGUCACAUAUCGUAUUUUGGUAGUUUCAACUGGUUUUUAGUAUCUUUAGGGUCAGCAACGAUUCUUUUGACUGAGGUUAACAUAUCCAUUGGUAUGAUUUUGGAACUUUUGGUAUAUAUUAUAAUAGGAUUAGUGCAAUCAUUGAUAAUAUUAAUGCUGUUAAUACAAAAAAAAAAAAUUACUUUUACAUAUACUUCAAUACAAAACACGUUUAUAAAAUGGUCAUUAAUUAGAAAAGUUGAUCCUAAUAUAUCUUACAAUAGAAAUACAAAAGUUAUUUAUAUCGUAAUUAUAACAUACCUGAUUGUGAUUGCUACAUUUUUCACUGGACCAUUAUUAGCACUUAAAUAUGAUCAAGAUAACCUUCCAAUUGAUCAUCAUUCUCAUUGGAUUGUUUAUUGGCCAAAAAUUUUUAAUGUGGGCGAUAGUUACAUCUAUUAUUAUAUUUUAUACAGUCUACAAGUCAUAUCCAGUUUUUAUUUAUCAUUCUCUACUUUUCUAUAUAAUUUAUACCUGGUAAUUUAUUUAUCCGAAAUCAAACAUCAAUUUAAGUUGAUCGAAGUUGGAUUGCAAAGAACAUUUUGUUUUAAAGAAAAUAAAACAUUUCAAGAAUAUUUCAUUGAAUGUGUAUGCCAACAUCAAGAAAUUCUUAAGUCAUUAGACGAAUUCAAAGUAUACUUUAAAUACAUACUUUUCGGGGAAAUUGUUAGUGCACAAUUUAUAUUUUCCAUUAUUAUAUUCUGCAUGAUUAAGGUUGAUGCUUCUACUGGCUAUGUAUUAAAAUGUGGUGCAAUAUUAUCUUAUUGGCUCAUCAUAUAUAUUUUUCAAUGCGAUUAUGGAGAUGACAUCAUUUCUAUGCAUAAAAGCAUUGCAUUUAAUCUAUAUAGCGAGGAAUAUUACAAUUUAUCUAAUGAAAACAAAAAAAUGGUAAUAAUAAUGCUUCAGCGAACACAAAAAGAAUUGCUACUUAACUCGGCUAUUAUUUCUAACCAAGUGGCUUCAAAAUCAACACUUUUAGACAUGUUAAAAUUUAUUUACAAAUUUCUUAAUUUCCUUUUGAAAUUUUAAUGAAAAUUUUAUCGUAUUUAAUGAGUUUAACAAUUAUUAUAUAAUAUGUUCAAUGUAGCUUACAUAAUUUAAUAAAGUUUAAAAUGAUAUUG